UAGUAAAUUUAUUUAUGGAAUAUACUAAAAUCAAAACUUUUGAGCCCAAAGUUUUUUGGAUUUUUUGUUUACCACGAUGAUUUUGUGUCGGGUAAGUUUUCUUAUCCUAUUUAUUCCUAUAGCCAUAGGAAUAAAUGAGACUGUGUCUAAAAUCGAAUCUGCCCAGAAUACCACAAGUGCACCUAAAAACUUGUUACAAAAAGAAGACAACAGCACUAGGAAAGAAAUGACUUUGCCCAUCGAAGGUGGUGGUAAUAUUCUAGUUACGCCGCACAAUCCAUCGUUAUUAAAAGAAAAUGAUGGCAUUUUAUUAUCUAAGAUGCCGUCCGAGGAAUUUGGAGAUGCUUCUACAAAAACCAAAGGACACGUCGUGGGCAGAACAGGUGCUCCGGUAAUUCCAGACAUAAAGGAAAUUUCAACAAAAUCUCCUGUUGUUAUUCAGAAAAGUACAAUCAUAAGUAAGCUUACAAACACAACAAAAGCAGUGCCUCCUCCAUCAUCAACUAAGGCCCCUCAUAAACCCACAGUAUUAAAAUAUGAAGAAGAAAGCAGCAUAGUUGCAGAUAAAACAUCUCAUCCCGGUAUAAGUGAUGGGGCGUCUAAACCCCAGGCUCACAAGGCAGGCAGCCAUCCAAGGAUGAUAAUGCCUAUUGUAAUAACAAUACUUGUAGUCCCUUUGUUUGCCGUGCUGGGCUACAUGGCUAUAAAAAGAGGACAAGAAGCCUGGAAGAAUAGGCAUUAUAAAAGGAUGGACUUUUUACUUGAUGGAAUGUAUAAUGACUAAAUUUGAAGACCAUUUUGAAUAAGACCUGAAUGAUUAAAAAUCCCUACUUUAAAAUUAAACAGAAGCAAUAAUGUUUAAUUCUA